AUGGGGGCGUCCCUCCGCCUCGAUAUCGGAUUCGUCCUUGCGAAGCCCCGGACGUGUUGAGCCGCGUGGGGCAGCCAACACCGGCCCUGGUUCCGGCUGGAGGACACUCUGUGCCUGGGGAGGUUCGGGGCUGCGCGGCCGGGAGCAGACGUCUGUCUGGGAGGCUCCGGAAAGGCCGGCCCCAAGGCCCGCAAGACAGGACCCUGUCCCGGGACUGGGGACCCCCUUCUUGGGAACCAUAAUUCCGAAGCUCUGACUAAACCAAGGCCGCCAGCACUGUGUGAAGCGAAGUGGGAUUUCGCACUCAGUUUUGCCAGAUUAACACGAAAACAUCAAUAAUUUUCUAGCUGUGACUAGUAACUUUUCCUCUCCCACAGGUUGGAUCAUAUGUAUUCAAGUAUGGAAAAACGGUGCCAAGUGAUAACUUGAAAAUUUGCUUUAGGUUAGGGGCCACAUACAUGUAUUUAAUGCCGGAUUUGGAGGAACCUUCCUCCAUUAAGUGCAAGCCUUCAUUCCACACACACCCCCCAGCAAUUAUAUAUUCUUACUUAUCAGCCUUCAUUCCACACACACACACCAGCAAUUAUAUAUUUUUACUUAUCUCCGUAACAUACUCUACACUUUUCAUAUUUGUUGUAUUUAUUGAUUGCUCCUACUAGAAUGAACACUCCAUGAUGGCAGGGAUCUUUGUACGCUAAUGCGUCUCAAACACCUAGAACAGUUUCUGUACAAGGGUGCCCUCAGAAGCCUCCAGUUGAAACUCCAGCAGAAGCCAGGAAUGAUGGCCGUGGACACAAGAAAGUCUGCUGGCCAGCUGUUCCAAGCCCCAUGGGGUCAGCAGGGCCUGUGAUGGUGAAAGUGAAGUUGGAGGAAGACCACCUCAGGAAUCAGGGUCUCAGCCUUCCAGAGAACCAGCCUCCUGCCUGGGAGAUCUUCAGGCAGCAGUUUAGACACUUCUGCUACCAGGAUUCCCCUGGUCCCCAAGAAGCACUGAGCCGGCUCCGGGAGCUCUGCCAUCAGUGGCUUAGGCCAGAGACACAUACCAAGGAGCAGAUCCUGGAGCUGCUGGUGCUGGAGCAGUUCCUCUCCAUCCUGCCCCAGGAGCUCCAGGCCCAGCUGCAGGAACAUCAUCCAGAGAGUGGGGAGGAGGUGGUGACCAUGCUGGAGAAUCUGGAAAGAAAGAGAAAUGUACACAUAGGAAGAGACUACCCAGACUUUUUGAUGAGCCCAGAUGGUGGUGUGAGGACUGAGAACCUGACAUUAGAAGUGAAGCAGGAACCUUAUGAAGAAAUAUUAUGGUGUAGGGAGGGGUCUGAUGGACAUCAUGAAACUGUGUGUCAGCAUGCCACAUACAGAGGAGACAGUGAGCCUAGUGGAAGUUUGGAGUUGCAGGAUGAGGAUGCCACAGGUGAAAAAACAUAUGAAUGUGAUGAAUGUAGGAAAACCUUCACUUGGAUAAGAGGCCUUCAGCUGCAUAGGAGGAUCCACAUUGGGAAGAAACCAUAUUCCAGUACAGAAUAUGGAAAGGCCUUCAUCAGACAUGUAGAACUUACCCAGCAUCAGGGGCUUCAAAGCAAGGGAAGACCUUAUCAGUGUAAAGAGUGUGGCAAAGGCUUCAGUCAGAAAGCAGCCCUCUCCCAACAUCUCAAAAUCCACACUGGAGAAGAGCCCCAUCAAUGUAAUAAAUGUGGCAAAUUUUUUAGUCAGAGAUCGGUUCUUACAAAGCAUCAAAGCCUCCACACUGGAAAGAAACCUUUUGAAUGUAUAUACUGUGGGAAAACCUGCCAUAGUGCAGACCUCACUGAACAUAGGCAAUUCCACAACAAAGAGAAGCCUUAUGAAUGUAAUGAAUGUGGGAAAACCUUCAGGCAGUGUUCAAAUCUUACUGAGCAUCAGCGAAUUCACAGUAAAGAAAAACUCUAUGAAUGUAAAGUAUGUGGAAAAGCAUUCGCUCAGUAUGCAGGACUUAACCAACACCGGAGAAUCCACACUGGAGAGAAACCUUUUGAAUGUCCUGUAUGUGGACGAGCCUUUAGCCGGAGCUCAGAACUUAUAAUACAUCACAGAAUUCACUCAGGGGAAAAACUCUAUGAAUGUGCCGAGUGUGGAAAAACCUUUAGAGUGAACUCAACCCUGGUCAUACAUCAGAGAAUUCACACUGGGGAGAAGCCCUAUAAAUGUGAUGAGUGUGAUGAAGCCUUCAGUCAACACUCAGGCCUCAACAAACACAAGUUAGGAGGGAAGCACGGAAACCCUCCUAAACCAAGAAAAUAUACGUGUGAUAUAUGCGGGAAGACCUUCACGCAGUUAACUGGCCUCAGAAACCACAAAAGAAUCCACACUGGGGAUAAGACCUACCAAUGUCCUGAGUGUGGCAAGGCCUUCACAAGGGGAGAGCAUCUUAUUGAACAUCAGGGGAUUCACAACAAGGAGAAGGCUUAUAUCAAUGUAAAGAGUGUGGCAAAGCCUUCAGUCAGAAGACAGGUCUUAGUCAUCAUCUCAAAAUCCACACAGUAGAGAAACCUUUCAAAUGUUCUCAAUGUGGGCGAGCCUUCAGCUGUAAGUCAAAUCUCAAUAAACAUAAGAGAGUCCACUCUGAGGAAAAAUCCUAUACAUUUAAGUAGUGUGGGAAGGCAUACAAGCAGAGAGCAAUACUGAUCCAACAUCAGAGAGGCCACAUCCUACAAAGCCCCAGCAGUGGUGAAUGAAGCCUGCAGUAGAAGCUCGGUUCUGAUUAAGCACCAGAGAAUCCACUAAAAUGACUCCUUGCCAAGGUGUUUGGUGACAACUUCAAGUAGAAUUCAGAAUUUUUUAAAAUUGAGAUAAAAUGUUUCUUGAACUUCCUUAUUUAAAGAACGUCAGAGAUAACACAUUGAAAAGUUGUUUAAAGGUCAUAAGUGCUGGAAAAAUUGAGAUUUUGGAAAAAUAAACAUCAACAAGAAAUUUACCUGUGAUUACCUUUGUUAAAUGCAGUGUCAUUUAAUACAGUGAAAAGGUACACAAGGGCAGCUGUAAAAAAUAUAUUUUUUAUACUGAAUUCAAGAAUAUG